AUGCCAGAGCUGCCGGAUUCCGACCCGUUUGAGGAGUUACUACUGGCCACCGAUUUUCUAUCCGAUGCCGAUCUUACUCGACUAGAAGAAAAACUUGGGCUAGCGGGUGGUGGUUCCUGGUGGCUGGAUCCUACUCAGCCUCCUGUUGAGCUGGAUCCCUCAGGGAACGUGGAUCAGGGGGCCAUUGUCGAUGUGGAGGCACAGACUCAUGCCUGGCUGCGCGCCUCUUUUGACAAUAAUCCGGAUUUUCGUGAGCACAACUACCACUUGCUCAGUCGGCUUACGGAACUGGCUCGAUUGAAAGGUCUGGUCGAGGAAGUUGCUUUGAAACAACAUCAAGGCGAUGUAGCUUCGGCUGAUCGUGCGGAUAACAGCCUUUUCCACUCGACUUUGUCGCUUGCUGUUCUUGGUGAAUUGGAUGGUCUCAACUCCUGGCAGUCUGGUGGAUAUCCUCCCAUCGACCAGCCUUUCGAUGUUCAUCACAGUGUGGAAGGUCCACUUGGGUUGCGCAAAAAUUACGGAACAUAUGAACGACGUUCUAGACCAUCUCAGGGGAAAAGACCUCCGCUCCCACAGGCGUUUGUCGGGAUGAUGAACGAAGGUUCCCUUGGUAUAUCGGUGGAUUCGGAUACCACGCGGCCAUUGCAUCCCAGGAACACAUUCAAUGGUGUCCCAUCGACUAUCAACCCAACCAUUUCGCCAAAACCGAAAAAAUCAAAUCUUCCACCGUCCCCACACUACAAUCAGCUCGCCCCAACUGCACUUGGUUAUACCAAACGUCCUCCGUCGCGUAAUUCCAACCGUACUCGUCACUUCCUCGCACCACCAGAUGCAACAAGCAGUCCCGACGGUGCGGCUACUGGGCAACAACCCUCGGGGCUAUUGAACCGAACAUACUCGAAGGAAGCCUUAGAUCUCUUAAAGGAGCAGGAUUUUAUGCCGGCUCGUCGUAGUGUGGGCUCAGUAAAUAGUUCGUUGCUGAAACAUUUCAUUUCUCGUAACGGUUCUGGCCCGUUGUCUGACGCCGAUAGUGAUGUCGAUGUUUCACGAAGCAUGGAGAAUUGCGGAUUGGGUGUGCUGUCCCAAUCUCUCACGGAUGCACAGUUCGGAAACCUUCGUGGUUCUCAAAUCAACCCCAACGCAUCCUACUCUAGUAUGCGCAGUACCGAUGUGAUAGAACUGGCACGUAUGCAAGAAUUCAAGCUACGACAACACAGCGGAAGUCGAGGCAAGUUAAAUGGUUCAAACUCUUCGCUUACUGGAUCGCUACUUGGCGAUGAUAAUUUGCUCCGACCAGAUGCAUCGACAAAUCGUUCCCAAAGUAGCUUUAGUUUGUCCGAAUUCGAUCCAGUUCGUAGUAGCUGUGACACAGGACUUCUUCGACACAUAAAUCCUCAGUCAGGAACCACCGUCGUAGAUCCGUCUCGGUCUCUUGAUCUCACUGACCGACCACUUGGACCAGCACUCCGUAAUCACAACAAUUCAGCUCUAGACGUUGGGGAAACAUGCCGUCGUCCGGAAGCACUUCAGCUUCAGACCGGUACGCGAAUCAAUGUGGAAUUGCGUCAGAUUCCUGAGGUACCAACACCGAAUGUCGCUGCUGCUAAUCCAGACACUUUGUCACGUGGGGCUAUUCCAGAGCCUUCAACAGUGACCCACAAAACGAAAGAACCUGGCAUAUUCUUCCCCGACAAUGUUGAUGAAAUCGUGCAACGCGAAAAAACCAAUAGUCCUGUACCGCGACUAGAUUCCCAGACUUCCUUCGAACAACUAGAAGCCCGCGUGUCACAAGAAACAUUUCUGUUGGAUCAGCGAUCUUCGGCAGAUGGUGACUUGCAACUGACCGAUUCACUCACCUCUGUUGAAGGCUUAAUUAGUACAAACGCAUCUGAACCGGCUAAGGCAUUGUCAAACUCAUCUUCAUCUCUCCAACUCAGUUCAAAAGCAUCUUCCAAGGAAUCAUUGGUUCCAUCGCGGCCGCCUAGUGGACUCCGACCACCUUCCAGAUUACCAGCACCAGUCCGCCGACUUCCAACACCUUCAUUGAACCCUCCAACUAUUAGUUCACAUCCUCGUCCUUCCAUAACCGCCGCUCUCUCAGGUCGGAACGGGCCCCAGUCUAGGCAACCUAUGUCCCAAAUUCAACCACAAAAUUCGGUUGUGCGGAUUACUUCGUCUGGUGCGAAUAAGCGAUCUGAUACACAACAUGUGGCCGGCAAACCUGCCACGGUCAAUCAGCUGCCUUCUCGAUCUAGUAUUCGGCCACCUUCUCAACCUACUUCAGGGACUCGUCCCCAAGUUUCAAGAUCCGAUGCUUCUCCGGUAAGAUCAACUAGUAGACGUUUCGGACAGCAUUCCAACCAGCAGGGUGCACGUCGUGGAUAA